UCUGAGCUUCGCAGCAGACAGGAAUGGGACUGAGGGGCGUAAUCGUUCUAGUUGGGUUGAUGGGGACGACAUGGAGCUUCAACAUGACGACAAUCAGACCUGAAGCCGUCUCCACGGACACGUUUGCUCGUCCUGAGACGACCGAGGAGACCACAGAACAGGGAAGGAACAACCCGGGGCUGAUGACUGAGGACAGAACUGUUCAUGUCACAGCAUUGACAGACACUUCUGGUGGAGUCGACAGCCAGACCACGGAGGCAACAGUGGGUUGCUUUAAGAAAGGAGCUGUAGCAGAGGAGGAGGCUGUGGAGGAUGUGAUGGCGACAGGUGAGCUGAACCCCAGUCACUACCCCGCUCAGAGGGCUGCAAAGGUGGUCCAACACUACCUCAACACCCGCUAUGGAUCCCCCUACAAACUCUUCGGCUUAAAGCAGGUCCACAGUGGGAACGCAGAGGAUGUGGCGGACUCUGGGAGGAAGUAUCAGCUGGACAUUUCCGUGCACGAGAUCAUCAGUGAUACUAAAGAGAACUGCUCUGCUGAGGUUUUCUUUCCGAGAGGAGUAAAGCAGCUCUCACCUCAAGUCCAGGUUUCCUCAUGCGAGGAGCUCUUGAAGAUCGACGCAAACUCAGAAGAAGAGGCCUUAUACCAACAGUACAAGACCAAUAAAACCCUGCGCACUGAAAAGCGCUUACCCGACAGCUACGGUCACAUCGACCCAGAGAUGACUCCUUUCUGGCACCUCGGUAUUGUGGCCUCCAGCUUCAUCAUGCUGAACGAGUCCACAGAAAACACUCUGUACAACGUGGCUCAGGUGGCCAACAUCACACAGCUGACAACAGAAAAUGACCAGCUGAAGUUUGACUGUCAUGUUCUGCUGCAUGACAUGGUGUCUCAGGAAAUUCCCCAGUGGAAGCUGCUGUUCACCUGGUCUCCAGCAGGGGGCGUUAAGGUGCUGCACACGGAGCAGCUGCCUCACGUUCAUGAUUGUGAAAAACAUCCAAAAACCAACUGAUCUGCUGCUGUUUGCCAAACUGAGGUUGCAACACUUUGUUCUCGGUAAUUUCUUUGUACAUGGGUUACGGUUGAUGCAGCAAGAUCUGAAGCAAGAUUUGGUGUUUAUUGCUGCAGCAGAAACCGUUUAAAAUACACAAAAGCUGGAGUUUGUAUACCGUACUUAAUAAAGAUUUUAAAGGUUU